AUGAGGCAUAUUCAGUUAUGGAAUUGCGAAUUGGAAUAUAAGGCGAAUAAAUAUAUCGAACGGUGCCAAUUUAAAUUGAGUCGUACAGUUUCAAGAGAAGUCGUUCAGAAUGCCUAUAUGUAUUUUUACAGAAAAACAGAAGAAUCGCUUCAAACUGGCUUUUCCUUCGAAACAUCGGACGAUGUUUAUUACCAUGAAAUUAUUGGAAUUAAUGAUAAAGAAUGGAAACUUGCUACUGAAAUCGGUUGCUCGAUGAAACUCUGUUCAAAACCAGGCGAAUCAUUGAGACUCUUCUUAUGUUUAUAUAAACUUCGGUCAUCAAAACCAGCCAAAAGUACUUUUAAAUCACUACCCCAAAUUUCAACGUCUUCCAAAUUACCUGCUAGUGAGGAUCUCGCAGUCAGUUCGCCAAUGGAUAUAUUGAAAAUAAAUUCAAUGGAGAACGAAGGAGACUGCCAAGGUUCCAAAAUUGUAGCCGUUACCAAACAGAAGAUCAUUAAUCGAUUCAACUGGCUGAGAAAACUAAUUAUAUUUGCCAUUAUGCAAGCCACUGGCUCGACUUUUCAUUAUGCUAGCGACUUUAGCUUUAGAUGGAAUUGUUUUUUGGAAGAACUAUCAACACAAUCUGCAAAAAACUGCUCUUUGGGACCAUCAAAAGACGCUCUUGAAAGCGGAUUUGAUGAAAGUCGACAGGUGUACUGGGAUAAUAGCGGAAAAAUAUUAAAUGAAUCAUUAAUACUUGAUGCAAUAACUACGUGGUGGAAGAGUGGAUCUGCGGAUAAUUAUAUUGAGGAUCUUGAAAGUUUAGACUCAGAGGCAUUUGUAGAAAAUCGUGUUUUCUUCAUCCAGUUGGCUAAUAAGGAAACAACCUAUUUUGGCUGCGGAUUAGCAGAUUGCCAAGCGGACGGUCGUAAUAUGCAAAUGGUCGUGUGCCACUAUCCACGAAUUGAAACAAAGAAAUUAACAGAAUUAUGGCGAACUCUUAACUUGCAUGUUGAUAAAAUUGGUGAAAUAAUUAGAGAACAUCCAUAA